AUGUUGGACAAUUGUGAAAGUGGGUCCUGUGUUGCAGCUUCUGGGGCUUCUGCUCCCUGGGGGCUUGCGGCGCGCAGCCGAGCGAACGGCGGGGAGCUGCUCGCCUGGUCGCAGCAGCAGCAGCAGCAGCAGCAGCAGCAGCCAUUCAACGAGCUGCGCGCUGGCGGCGGCGGCGGCGGCGGCUGCAGAGGUGGAGGCGGGUCGCACAACUCCCCGCCCGGGCUGCCCAGCAGCCGUGGUGCCCGCGAUGGGCGGCGCAACCGGGGGAUGCCAAGCCGAGCUCCCCGGAGUUCUGUGAACAUGUGGCCGGGACUGGACCUCUGGAGGCACGUGUCCGGGGCUGGCGGCGGCAGCAACGGCAGCCCCAUGCGCUCUCUCACCCUCCUCUGGCUGGGCAGCAUCGCGAAGAGUCUGCAACUGUGCUGCCUCUGCUGCGUGUCUUUGGCGGCCGUGUUAACCGGUGACAGCAGCAGCAUCGGCGGAUCCAGCCAUGAUUACAUCUUUGUCACUCCCGUCGAAGUAGACUCCACCGGAGCAUACAUUUCGCACAAUGUUUUGCACAGUGCUAGGAGGAAGAGAUCGGCCCCAGGCUCGAAGAGUUCCUUGCACUACAAAUUUUCAGCAUUUGGACAGGAACUACACUUGGAGCUCAAGCCUUCUGUCUUUCUUAGCAACCGUUUGACUGUCCAGGUGCUUGGGAAAGAUGGCAUCACAGACUCUCAGGAACAUGAAGUUGAACAGUGUUUCUAUCAGGGAUUUAUACGGAACUAUAGCUCUUCUUCAGUUGCCAUAUCUACAUGCGUAGGCUUGUCAGGUUUGAUAAGGACACAGGAGAAUGACUUCCUUAUAUCUCCAUUACCUCAACACCUAGCACAGGAACACCACUACAUGCCACCUGCUGGACACCACCCUCACGUAUUGUACAAACGGACAGCUGAAGAGAAGGUUCACCGGUACAAAGUAGAUUCAAACCCCCGUCACUUUCCCCCUGGCCAUCACAGAAAUCACACUGCCCACAAGUAUCACGUUCAAGCUAAUGAUUAUCAUCACGGAAGGUUUCAAAAGCAGCAUUUUUGUGGACGUCGCAAGAAAUACACACCUAAGCCACCCACAGAGGACACAUUCAUCCUAUCCGACGAAUAUGGGAGGUCCGUAAGGUUGAAAAGAUCCCCCAUUCAAAGUCAGAAUGAUGGAAGUUUGAAUGUGGAAACUCUGGUUGUGGCAGACAAGAAAAUGCUGGAGAAGCACAGCAAGGAGAAUGUUACCACAUAUAUCUUAACUGUGAUGAACAUGGUAUCAAGUCUUUUCAAGGAUGGUACAAUUGGAAGUGACAUCAAUAUCGUAGUUGUGAGCCUCCUUCUUCUGGAGCAGGAACCUGGUGGACUCAUGAUCAACCACCAUGCAGACCAGUCACUGAACAGUUUUUGUCAGUGGCAAUCCGCUCUAGUUGGAAAGAACGGGAAGCGUCAUGACCAUGCCAUCUUGCUGACUGGAUUUGAUAUCUGCUCCUGGAAGAAUGAACCCUGUGACACUUUGGGCUUUGCUCCGAUCAGUGGAAUGUGCAGUAAAUACCGCAGUUGUACCAUCAAUGAAGAUACUGGGCUUGGUUUGGCAUUUACUAUUGCCCAUGAAUCUGGACAUAAUUUUGGUAUGAUUCACGAUGGAGAAGGGAAUCCAUGCAGAAAAGCCGAAGGUAACAUUAUGUCACCCACUCUCACGGGAAACAAUGGCGUGUUUUCGUGGUCAGUGUGCAGCCGACAGUAUCUUAACAAAUUUCUCAGUACUGCUCAAGCAGAUUGCCUGAUCGAUGAACCCAAGCAAGUAGGCCAGUACAAAUACCCUGAUAAGCUCCCUGGGCAGAUCUAUGAUGCUGACACACAGUGCAAAUGGCAAUUCGGAGCAAAAGCAAAACUUUGCAACCUGAGUUUUGUGAAGGAUAUCUGUAAGUCACUGUGGUGCCAUAAAGUAGGUCAUCGAUGUGAGACAAAGUUUAUGCCAGCUGCAGAAGGGACCCCCUGUGGGAUAAGCAUGUGGUGUCGAAGAGGUCAGUGUGUACGAUAUGGAGACCAUGGCCCCAAGCCUAUCAAUGGCCAGUGGUCCACGUGGACCGAGUGGUCCGACUGCUCUCGGACUUGUGGGGGUGGAGUUACGUACCAAGAGAGACACUGCAAUAAUCCAAAGCCUCAGUACGGUGGCAAGUUCUGUCAGGGCUCAAGUCGCAUUUAUCAACUUUGCAAUGUUCAGCUGUGUGCUCCUAAUAGCCCUGACUUCCGUGCCCAGCAGUGUGCAGAAUACAACAGCAAGCCUUUCCGUGGAUGGUACUACAAAUGGAAACCAUACACAAAAGUGGAAGAGGAAGAUCGCUGCAAACUCUACUGCACAGCAGAAGACUUUGAUUUUUUCUUUGCAAUGUCCAACCGAGUGAAAGAUGGGACCCCUUGCUCCCCAUACAGAGAUGAUGUGUGCAUUGACGGGAUAUGUGAACAAGUAGGGUGUGAUCGUCUUCUUGGAUCCAAAGCUGUCUUGGAUGCUUGUGGAGUUUGCAAAGGCGAUAAUUCUACAUGCAUGUUCUUGUCAGGCCAUUAUUUGACUCAGCAUAAAAUGAAUGAUUAUUACCCCAUCGUUACAAUUCCAGCAGGAGCUCGCAGCAUUGAAAUCCAGGAAUUGCAAAUGUCCAGCAGCUACCUUGCAGUGCGCAACUUGAACAAGAAAUAUUACUUAACCAAAGACUGGACCAUUGACUGGCCUGGAAAAUUCUACUUUGGUGGGACAAUGUUUGACUACCAGCGCUCUUUUAACCAGCCAGAGAGGCUUUCUGCACCUGGGCCAACUAAUGAGACACUCGUGUUUGAAAUCCUGCUACAAGGGAAAAAUCCUGGCAUUGCCUGGCAGUAUACCUUCUCUAAGAUGAUCAAUGAGAACAAGAUAUUCACAAAAAGACAUAGCUACUCAUGGGUGACGGUGCAGUCAGGUUGUUCAGCCACAUGUGGUGGCGGGCACUUGAUAGCGAAAGCUGUCUGUUUACAAGAUCACCGAAACAGAGUCAAUUCCUCUUUCUGUGGCCCAAGGACGAAGCCCUUAACAGAGACAAAGAUAUGCAAUGCAAAUCCUUGCCCGGCCUACUGGUCAGCAGGUGAAUGGAGUGUUUGCAGCCAGUCCUGUGGUGGAGGACAGCAAAGCCGUCAGAUCCAGUGUGUCCAGAAAAAGGGUUUUCAGAAGGAGGACAUUGUGGCCCAUGCACUCUGCCCAGUGACCACUCCAGCACAAAUACAAACAUGUAAUAACCAAGACUGCCCACCGGAAUGGAGUCCUGGCCCAUGGUCUCAGUGUUCCAAAACUUGUGGAAGAGGUGUUGCCAAACGUGAUGUUUUCUGCCGCAGCGUAGGACUGCCCACUUUGAAAAUUUUGCCAGAGAAUAGGUGCAACAGUGAAAGGAAGCCAGAAGUGCAACAGACAUGUGUGUUGGGCAGAUGCCCUAAAAACGAUCGACUCCAAUGGGUGAUAUCUGCUUGGAGUGAGUGCUCUGCCACCUGUGGCCCAGGUGUCAAGCGGCGAGAAAUGCAGUGCAGCGAGAAGAGUGUCAGUGGCAAAUUGAUCACGUUCCCACAGCGACGUUGUCGGAAUCUUAAGAAGCCGAAUAUCGAACUGGAAGACGGGUGCAACAGAGGCACAUGUCCCCUGCACCCUUUGUACAACAGGGUUUCAGGGUGGUAUUCUUCACCUUGGCAACAGUGCACAGUGACAUGUGGUGGAGGAGUGCAAACACGGACCGUGCAAUGUCUUCGUCAGGGUCAGCCAGCUGCAGGCUGCCUGUCUCAUCAGAAGCCUGCAAUGUCAAGAGCCUGCAAUACUAACUUCUGUCUCGCUCCUGAGAAAAAAGAUGAUCCUUCUUGUGUGGACUUCUUCACUUGGUGCCAUCUGGUUCCCCAGCACGGUGUGUGUAAUCACAAGUUUUAUGGCAAGCAGUGCUGCAAAUCGUGUACAUGGAAGAACUGAUGCAAAGCAUUUCGUUUCCAACACUUCGACGGCACGAGUCUCCCUUUCGGUUGGUGGCGAACUUUCCUGUAGGGCCUUCCAGAACGAAACAUCUCAUAAACUGCCAAUGGAAGAGACUUGGGUAUUAUAGAGCAAUAUUUGUUAGGUACAACUUUGGACGAACAACGAAUAUACAAGAACUGGAUAUUUACGAAACACACAGGGUAUUAUUGAACACUAGCAGGUGUUUAGCCUUCUUUCAUAUUGUCCUUUCCAGCAGCCACUGUUGAAAGUGUGUGUGUGUGUGUGUGUGUGUGUGAAAAGCUGGUCACAUGUGGCAUGGUGCUCUGGCUUUGCUCAUUGGUAUUCAUGGACCCUGCAGUAUGACAGUACUAUGAAGAGAUAUGUUGGCUGUUGUGAUGUUUGAAACAACAAGAAAAUGCUCUUGAGACUAUGGCCCUUU